UUCAGCAUCUAGGUUCGUGAAUAUGAAAAUAGGCAUUGUGGCUUUCUGCCUGUUGUGUUACUGCUUCGAAGCUUCACAUGGUGCUUGCCAGUGUCUAUCCAUUUCAUCCUGCACUAGGACUUGCACAGAGGACACCACCAACCAUUCUUGGAUCAAAGAUGAAUUUCCAAAAGAAAAUUUUACGUUGAAUUGUCCUUUGCCCAGCAAUGUGAAAGGUUUCUAUAUGACGCUGUAUAAGGGCCAGCGCAAUCAAAAAGUCUGUUCUCUUUAUGUAGACAAUGGAAAAAAUAAUUCCGAAAGAACAAAUGAAUUCUGUGAACCAAUCCAUUCAGAUGAAAACGUAUCAUUCGUUCUCAGAAAUUUAAAAAGCAGGGAUAGUGAUACUUACACCUGUUGCCUAGAAGUUCUUACUCCAGUUUAUCGUUGUUGCAAAUCAAAUGAAACGCAUCUCUAUGUUCAAGAUUCAGAAAAUUCAGAAGAUUCAGAAAAAUCCUGUUGGCUGUCGGAACUUACAUCACGGAUACUUAUUGGGCUCGUAGUUUUUUUAUUUGUUGCCUGCAUCUUUUCUUCAAUAAGGUGUUUUAGAAGUUCGGUUUGCCAAUGUGCCAACACUUACGACAACAACACUGACUACAUGUCCAUGGCAGCAGUAAAACCUAGAUGA